AUGGCUUUUAAAACUCUUGGAGAUGAGUUGGUUGGUCCUGGCCCCAUCAGUAAUUUUUGUGGUACAAACAAUGGUCGUGACAAUGAAUUCGGAGGUUUCAGAGCAGCUGAUAAUUUGAACGGUGUUAUCUUGUCUCAAAAGGCAAAAGAAAAUUAUGUUACUGAUGAUGAAGAUGGUCAAAGCAAUAGUAAUCUUGUGAAUGGCUUGUAUAACAAACCUAAAGUUCCGCCUGAUAAACUGCUUUCCAUAAGAAGUGAUGCUGUUGUUUCGAAUAAAGUGCCUCCUCCAGUUAAUUUGAAAAACAGUGGAUCAUUUGUGGUAAACAGAUCUAUUUUACGACUAGAAGAACUAGAUUUUGUGCCUCAAUGUGAUAUUGUUACCAAAGAAGCAAUAUCAGCCAUUCACAGAGCCAAAACUCAGCAAUGCAAACAGGAAAUUGUGAACAUUACGUGCCUUAUUCAGCAAGGGUUGCUGUAUCCACAUUACCUUCCUAAUACAUGUCCCUCAUUGGGAUGUUUUCGUGAUAAUAAGACAUUUCGUCUACUAUCUGGGUAUUACGCUAAUUUGAAAACUACUAAUUCGCCAAAGCACUGUAUCGAUUUGUGCCUUCAAUCUGGAUUUCCCUACGCUGGUGUGCAAUUCUCGACCCAGUGCUUCUGCGGUAAUGAUGAACCUCCGUCCACGUCACGUUUGCCUGAUUCAUCUUGCAAUAUGAAAUGUCCUACUGAUCCUCGAGAUGCCUGUGGUGGUUAUUUUACAAUUAAUGUCUAUGAAACGGGGAUUGCAAAAUUUGUGUCACAAGUGCCAAGGGAAACUCCUGAAUCAGUGGAACAACCUGCCCGGAUUGCAUUUCUGCUUACUUUAAAUGGCCGGGCGUUACGACAAGUGCAGCGUUUAAUCAAAGCUCUCUUUCAUGUGGAUCACUAUUUUUAUAUUCAUGUGGAUGCGAGACAGGACUACUUAUUUCGUGAGUUGUUGCCAUUGGAAAAUACGCUACCUAAUGUUCGCCUUGCCAGACGAAGGUAUGCAACAAUAUGGGGCGGAGCUUCUCUUCUUCAAAUGCUACUCGCAUCAAUUAGCGAACUUUUGAAAAUAGACUGGCAGUGGGAUUUUAUUAUAAAUUUGAGUGAAUCUGAUUUUCCUGUAAAAACAAACCUUCAAUUAGUUGAAUUUCUGACUGCCAACAAGGAACGCAAUUUUGUUAAAUCACAUGGGCGAGAGGUCCAGAGAUUUAUUCAGAAACAAGGAUUGGACAAAACAUUUGUUGAAUGUGAUGCUCAUAUGUGGAGAAUAGGAGACCGCCACUUGCCAUGGGGUAUUCAAGUGGACGGUGGGAGUGAUUGGGUGGCCUUGUCGAGGCCCUUUGCCUCGUACGUGGCCAAUACUGUAGAUCAGUUACUGCAAGGACUGAAGGUUGUUUUUAAACAUACUCUUCUGCCUGCUGAGACAUUCUUCCACACAGUAUUAAGAAAUUCGAAGUUCUGCAACACUUAUGUGGAUAACAAUUUACAUGUUACCAAUUGGAAACGACGCCUGGGAUGUAAAUGUCAGUAUAAACACGUCGUAGAUUGGUGCGGCUGUAGUCCAAAUGAUUUCAAACCUGAUGAUUGGCCACGACUGCAGGUAUUGAUAUUUCUUUUUUCUUUUGUGUUUUUGAUGAAAAUAUUACUCAGAAAAUUUUCAUAUCAUACAUUUUUCUUAAUAAUCGUUAAUUAUAUUUACGUAUGA